CCUGAAUCAAUCUAAAAUUUACUCACAUUUCUUGUUUCUGUACGUUUACACGUGUUGCGAAAUAAUGUUUAUAUUAUAAUAUUAUAUUAUUAAUGUUAUUACUUUAUUAAAUCGGAAUAAAAAAUGCUGAAUUUUCUCAAACAGAAGUCAACAUUGAAUGAGAUUCUUUAGUAGAGAUGAUUAAAAUCAUCAAUUCAAAUUUAUUUGAAAAGUUUAUUUGAAAUCUAAUGUAUUAAUUUACUUGUAUUAAGAGAUACAUUAUGUCAAUUAAGAGAACUAUUUGGAAUAAAAAAAUUGUUUAUAACACAUACUUAGUACUGGAAAGGUUAUAGAUUGUUUCAAUACAACAAAGUACUAAAUUAUGGAGAAAUUUACAACAAAACAAUUACAGAGAAUAGAAAAAAAGAAAGCAAAGAUAGCAGCAUUUUUGGAAAUUGCAAAACUCAAUGACAAAGACAAGGAAUCAAAAUUGCAGGCUUUGAAACAGACAUUAAUUACCACUAAUAGAUUUAAUCCAAAUAAUAGUAUAAUGGGAGAAAAUUCCAAUCAUAAACGCUCUUAUAAGGAUUUAGAUGAUACAUCUUCAGAAACUUGUGGAGAGAAGAAAGAUUGUCAUGAAUCAGAGUCACAACGGGUUAAUAUUAAAAAGCCUAGAUUGAACGAUUGCGAAGAAUAUGUAAAGUUGAAGCAAGAACUUAGACAACGUAAAAAAAAGCUUCAAGCAGUUCCAAGGAUUAGUCUUAAAGCAGUCGGUGAAAAUGCUACUCUAGAUAUUGGACAUAUGAAGACGAGAAUACCAAUAUUUCUUAGCGAUGUACAGCACCUUCUGCUAUAUUCACUGCUUGGACAUCAUUCUCCUUAUUUACCAGGCAGAUGGUGUCAACUUGAAAAGUACAACAGAGUAAGCCACACUGUAGUUUUUGUGAUUGAAGGCUUGUCUUCAUAUCAUUUCGUGGCUUAUGAGAGUAUGCUUCCACACAUAGCAAAUAAUUUGAAGUACCAUUUAGAGGUAGUAACACCUACUGUUUAUGGAGCAUCUAUAAUGGAGGAACUUGUGGUUGUUCCUUUAACAGGAACUCAAAGUGAUAAAUUAAUUAGACGAUAUGGCUCUGUGGAAACUGCUUUACAAACAAAUGGAAAUGUCAUAAAGUUGUUGAGAAGCGCUUUCCCAAUGCAUUUACCAAAUAACACAGAUGUGAAGAAUAAGCAUAAUAUAAAUUUACCAUCUACUGACAAAUUUUGUAGAACAAAGUUGCUUUUAUCAUUAUCACAGAUGGUAGAGGAAAAUUAUCCUGUACCUCUAAAAGGAAUAUUAGCAGAAAGAUAUGGUUCAUACUUAUUGACAAAAGAUGUUUAUGAAGAGGCCACAGCAACAUCACCAAUGUUUGGUUUAGAUUGUGAAAUGUGUCAGACAACAAGCGGUAAUCUAGAACUUACUAGAAUCAGUAUCGUGAACGAAAAUAUGAAAAUUAUUUAUGACAGUCUGGUGAAACCCGAGAACAAUAUAACAAAUUAUCUAACUCGGUACAGUGGUAUUACCGAAGAAAUGUUGCAAGAUGUCACAGUUACAUUGCACGAUGUUCAGCAAGCGUUGAGAACGUUACUUCCUGCGGACGCGAUUCUUGUAGGACAAAGCUUAAAUUCUGAUUUGCACACGUUAAAAAUGAUGCAUCCUUAUAUCAUUGACACUUCUGUAAUAUUCAAUCUUACGGGAAACAGGUAUAGAAAAACGAAAUUACAGAUCUUGGCGCGCGAGUUUCUCGGAGAGAGUAUCCAAGACAGUAAAGCUGGUCAUUGUUCGGCAGAGGAUUCGCAGGCUUCUAUGAAAUUGGUCAAAUUAAAAUUAGCGAAUAGCAUCGAUUACGGGGACGCAGUAUUGCUCGGUGAUCGUCAUAUGAGAAUGGAAGAGACGGAUAAAGAAAAAUCACAACGGACAUUGCUGAAAACGGAAAUGAAAAAAUACGCCACAUCGAUAUUUAGUCAUAUAACAAAUAAAAACACCGCCGCCAUCGUAGGUACCAAUGAAAUAAUGUCGGAAUAUUCCAAGUAUUUGAUGAAUUCUACUCUUAAUAUCAUGGAUGAUGAAAAUUUCGCAAAGGACGAUCAAGUACGCCUUGUAAUAGCAGAUAACGAUAAACACACUAUAGGUCGAACAACAGAAAUUGCGAUGGAACACGCUUUCGUGUUAUGUCACGUAAAAAUUAAAGAAGAACAAUUAAAAGACGAGCAGAUAGAGAAAACGUUGCGCACUGUAGAUAAAUGGAGCCAUAAACUUUGGCAGCAUAGUGCAAUAAACGGUCUCAUAUGCGUGAUAUUUGGUGGACAGAAUAAUGCAAACGGCGCUUGUUUCUUGAAUAUCAAGACAGAAAUAUCACCAAACGUUGUCAUACGAGCUUAGAAGAAAACUUGCUCUAUUUUGACUAUUAAGCAACCUAUAAAGAAAAAAGAAAUCGAUCUUGUCAAUAUUGGAUACAAAUGUGCAAAGAAUCAUCUCAUGGCUGUAUAUCAGUUUGGAUAUAUUGUACAAAUAAGUAUCGUUGAUAAAUAUUUUAUAUUCUUCACCUCUUUUGUAUUAUGUAUUUUGAUGUUUGAAAAAAAUUGUCAAAUAAUUUGCAGAACAUUUAUUUGUUGUAACAUACUUCAUAUGAAUACAGAAAAAACGAAUCUUUUACAAAAAAAAAUAAACCAUGAAGAGAUAUAUUAAA